AUGCCAUUGGCACGUCCCACCUCGCAGAAGCGUGUUUGCUCCCUCUGUGGUGAGACUGUGAAGGGCUGCAAAUGGCUGCACUUUACCAAGGGCCACAGAGUUUUGGGGCUUGAGGGCUUCGGCUUUGGCCGCAUGAAGCGGCAACGCAAAAAGCUUGCUGCAGAACAAUGCAGCAGUGCCAAUGCACGAAAGGCGACCAUCGCCAAGACUGCUGCAGGUCUGGCAAGAAGAAUGGUUGAUUUGAAGGCCGGUGAGCAGGGAGAGCACGAUUGCGAGAUCCUCCAGCUCCCACAUGUCGGCAAAGGCAAAGCUGUGCGUCGAUUCCACAACAAGCUUUUUUGUAAGAAGUGUAAGGCCUUGGCAAGCUCCGUCAAGAAGCUUUCAAGCGUGAGAUGCGAUGCCUCCUUCAAAGGAGGUCCGAAGCGAAAGCAGCUGAUUGCUAGUUUGCAAAAGUUUGCUGAUAAGCUCAGUGUAGGUUCGCAGGAGCACACCGCAACCUUGCAGGUGGUUUCGAAGAUUUCUCCUCCUGCCAAUGUGGAUGAGCUGGUCCCAAGAGCCCACAAUGUGGUCCAGGUCCAGACGCCAGGCAAACGCAAGCAGGCCGCUUUGUUCUGCACUCGCUGCCGUCGCCUGUCUGCCACAAAGAAGCAUUUGAAUAAGUUCAACUGCAGUUCAGCAGCGGUUUGGUCCCCUGCGCGUGAGCGGGUCUUGCGACAGCAGCUCAACCCCAUGACUGUACUUGAAGCUGCCAAUGGGGGACAACGAUGUCCCAAGCAUGAUGGUGCCUUGCGAAUCGCCACACUCAAUGUGCGUUCUCUCAAGGGCAAAAUGCCCGAAGUGUUGCAACUGGCUGACAGCUUGUCAGUCGAUAUUUUGUGUCUGCAGGAAGUCAGACUUUCUGAAGAUAACUUGCUGGCCGCGUCUCACGCAGCCAAGCGCAGUGGUUGGCAAUUUUUCGCUAGCCCUUGUGCUAUGAACAAUGCGGGAGCACCUACUGCCGGUGUUGCCAUACUUAGCAAAUGGCCUGUUGACAAAUAUGUGUUACCUGACCCCUCCUGUGUUCUCCGGGCACAACAAGGCAGGUGGCAAAUCAUGAGAGUGCACAGGCCUGGUUCACGGCCUUUUUUGUGCGUCAACCUUUAUUUGCAUGCUUCGGAUAAGAUGCAAGCCCGGAACUUAGGUAAGAGUCUCUUUGAGGCGAUCGCUGUCAGCGGUGAAGAUUGCAUCUUCAUAGGUGACUGGAACUGCACCGCUGAAGAAGAGCCUGUGUGUUCAGUUCUUCGCAGUGGGUGUUUGCAUAUGGCCGAUGAUGUGGCUGGCAUUGAAACCCUAGCCAUUCCGACUCACGACAAAGGUCGGCAUAUUGACUUUGCUUUACACUCUAUAGGUCUUGUCCCUUGCGCCAGAAGCCAGUCCGCAGGGAUUGCUGACCACUGCGCAGUCAUGUAUGAUUUUGCGGUUGCCGGUUUGGAGCCUUGUUUCAAAGUCCCUCCUCCUAAGACCUUAAAGGCAAAAGAACCCGUCGAGCAAGAGCGGUGGGAUGCUUCUUUUCCUCUUGAACGGUUUGAUUUGUUGUUAGCGCAGCAGGAUGUUCAGCGUGCUUGGAAUUUGUUAAGUGACCAUGCCGAGUCUCUUUUGCAACCCCAUUCGGUAGGUCGUUCACGCACGACAGUUCCUGGUCCCACAUGUGUUGCCACAGCGCCCACUAAGGUCGAAAGACUUCAGACUGUGUUGGAGCGUCGCCUCCGUCGCACCCUGCGACGUCUGGCAGAGCUGCAAAAGACUGAUGCUGAUUGGAGCUUGGCACGUAAAGUGCUGAAUGCGCUGCCGUACUUGCAAAAGCAUUUUCCUGAGCUCACUGAGGUUCAGAAUCUGGACACAAAUCUUAUCGCUGUCCUCGAGCAAUGCUUGCAGAAAGAAAUAUGUGCUAGUCGGGAAGCUCGGCUGCAGUCCUGGAAGCGUAAAAUGGAGGAAGACGAGUCUUCCCUUGUUCGAUGGGUGAAAGGAGCUGACAAGGUUUCUUGCUUUGCCACUGACGACUCUCGGGUCCCGGUGCACCCACAGCGCAAAGCCGAACAUUUUGCAAAUUUUUGGCAGAAAGUUUGGUCCCCGCCUUCCCUGGCUCAAGAAGAGGCUGUUGACCCUUUCUUGGAUUGGAUCCCGCCCGGGGGUUUUUCUUGCUCAGAGCCAAAUUUCACACCUGCAAAUCUCAGAUCUCAGGUACGAAAAGCUGUUGGCAAGGCCCAUGGGCCUGACGGUUGGACGGGUGACUCAUGGUCCUUGUUGCCCAUGGGUUUCUUUGAUGCCUUGGCCAAGUUGUGGAAUGUGGUUAUGAAAACGGCGCGCUUGCCAUACCAGUGGCACUCAGUUCGUUGCGUUUUGAUUCCCAAAGAGGUCGGACUCCGACCCAUCAGCAUUGCAGCCCUUGCCUGGCGAACUGGCAUAGGUGUCCUUGCUCAGCAGCUGGCUCAUUGGAUUGAUUCAUGGGCCCCUGAUGAACUUGUGGGCGGUUUGAAAGGCCGAUCUUCAGCUACUGCGCAUGAACAAUUGCAUGAGAGCAUAGCUUGGCCCAAGGUUUUUGGAGCUAAGAUCGACAUUUCCAAAUGCUUCGACCAUGUCGAUGUUAAGCAAGCUCUUCGUGUCUGGUCCAAGUUGGGGGCACCUCACACUGUGGUGGCUGUCCUCCAAUCCUUUUAUGACAAACAGACGAAAACCAUGGAAUGGUUAGGUUCUUCCACUAAACCUUUUGGUUGUUCUCGAGGCCUUUUGCAGGGUUGUCCCUUGAGUUGCGGUCUGCUAGCCGGCCUGAUGACGGUGUGGUAUUGGCACAUUAAAGCCAGUGCACCCCAAGUCUGUGUCUCUGUUUUUAUUGAUGACAGAACCCUGUGGAGCUCCGAUUGGCGUCAGCUUUGUCUGUCACUCGAAGCGUCCAGUAGGAUUGAAGAGGCUUUGGGCUUGAGUCUGAAUCACUCCAAAUGCGAGCUUUUUUGUAAGUGUUCUUCAUUUCAGCUCGUUUCAGUGAAACGGUGGAAUCAUGAGUCCCACCGGAACUGGAAAGUUUGCAGACAAUUUAAGCUCCUUGGUGUCCACUACUCUCUCUCCAAGCGUCGGCGCACACCUGUAGAGGACACUGUGACUCGCAAGGUUUCUGCGCGACUGCGCAGACUUCGGACCGCAACCAGCAACCAGAGAAACAAACGCAAGCUCACGCGCAGUUUGGUGUUGUCUUUGUUUGCUCAUUCGGGGCCGUGGACAACUGUGUCCAAAAAGCUCUUGAAUCAGUGGCGUAACACCAUUGAGCAAACCAUCAUCGGCCGUGCCGUGCCGGGCAGGUCUCGUUUUCUGCUUUGGCAGUAUUUAGGUCCGGAUCUUUGUCCUGAAUUCGCGUUGGACAGGCGGGUAGUCUUUCAUGAGCUUUGGAAAGUCAGACGUGCUGUCUCAAGUUGCUGUUCCCUGCUCGACAUCGAGCAGGUGUGUGCCGCUAUGCCCCAACCUUCGACCUCUUACCGAUUGGCAGAAGUUUUGAACAAGUGGCAGUGGCAGCACAUCUCGCAGAGUCGUUUCCGCACCCCGCAGGGGGACCUUGAUUUGGCAUUUGACGGGUUGCCGGCAAUCAAAGAGGCCAUGAGACACGCAUGGCUGGCGUACCUUUGGAGAAACGAGCCCCGCGCGCAAGAUGACGCGGAGGUUUGUCAACGUGUUUUGCCAGUCUACCAGGCGCAUUCAGCUUGGAUGCGUCAGGGCGUCUCUGAUUGGGAGUCCUUCUGCAUUGCGGUCGGCGCUGGCAAAGAUAGUCGUAAACUCGCCAAGCAGCAUGAGCUUGAGUCCUUCAAUUGUGCAUGCGGGAGGGAAUGGCCUUCACGCACACAUGUCACGUGGCAUUGUCCUUCUUGCCCAGGGUUGCCUGAGGCUUCUCGGCCUACACGCAAAGCUGAGGAACGUUUGCUCGUUCCUAGCAUCCAACUUCCUCCCAUACCUGAUGAAAGGUGUAGCCAGUUUUUGCGACCGGAUCCGAAUUUGUGUGAUCUUUUUCGUAGGACUGCCACGGCCGACCAGGUACUUUUGGUAGCUUCCGAUGGUAGUUCUCAAAAGGUCCAGAAUCUGCGCAGGGCUGCUUGGAGUGUCGCAACAACCGACCGGGUUUUUGCUGCCCGUCUCCAGGGACUGGAUCAAAACAUUUUUGGCGCUGAAUCGGUUGCUGUUUUGAAAGCUUUCAUUGCUGCGACUCAUUUGCGCGUAGAUCUUCUGUUGGUUUGCGAUAACCUUGCAGUCGUCAGACGUGUGAAGCAAAUCCAAACGACGGGAUAUUUGCCUCAGUGGGCGCCGGGCCUGUGGAAGGCCUUAAGCUUAGUUUGCUCCACCCACGAAAUUGCGUGGGUGCCUUCGCACGAUAAGCUUCUUGAUUGGACCGAGACUUGGAGACUCCUUAACAAGCGAGCCGACGCCAAAGCUCAGGAACAGGCCGCUCGGUCUGUGCACGAGCUUCUUGAUUGGAAAUUUACCUUUGAUGCUGCAGUGGCCUGGUCUGCUUCAGCGCUUGAUAGGCAGCGGAGUGCUUUGCGGUUCCUGAGGCGCCUCAUCGCUCCUUCCGCACCCAGCUGUGAUGUUCCUUCUGUUGGCUUGUCAGCUUGA